ACGAUGUGAUACAUCCUUGUGACAUUUAUGAAGAUAUUGCUAUUGUGCCUAUGGAUAUAAUAAAAUAGAAAAAACUAUACCACAUAUGUCAACAAUUGCAGCAGAGGUAAAUUUAAGAUACUUUUUAAUUAAAUAUAAUUUAAUUUAUUGAGAAAUUUAUGUGUGGGCGUGUGUGUACUUUAUAUACACAUAUGUGAAUGUUAGUUUCCACUCAACAAACUCACUGACUAAAUACGAAUGGAAUUAGCAGAGGCAGAAUUUACUGAGGCUCUAACUUUUUCUCUGGUAUAUUAAAAAAAAUUUAUAUUAGUUCUUAUAUCUUCGAUUUGACGCAUUUUAAUUACAUUAUUUUAUGGUGUUCCCGUCAAGAUGUAGCGGAUAAAUUGGGUUAUAAAAUAGAAGAUGUACCAGCAAUUCAUAUAUCUAAUUCGAAAACUUUGGAGUUUCAGGUUGCACAUACUUCACUCUUACCAGGAUUACUUAAAACGAUAUCUGCAAAUAAGAAAAUGCCAUUGCCUCAUAAAUUGUUAGAAGUUUCUGAUGUUGUAUUAAGAGACGAUAAGAUGGAAGUUGGUGCGCGCAAUAAUCAUCGUUUAUGUGCAGUGUACGCUAAUAAACCAGCUGGUUUUGAGAUCAUACAUGGCCUAGUGGAUAGAAUAUUAUUGCUACUAGAAGUACCUUGGAGCCCUAGCAAAGACAAAAGUCAAUAUUAUUUGCGUACAGCUGAUGACCCAACAUUCUUCCCUCAACGAUGUGCUGAAAUUGUUUGCUAUGGUGAAGUAAUAGGAAAAAUGGGUGUUUUACAACCCGAUGUACUUUCAAAGUUUGAAUUAAAUAUUUCAUGUUCUGCCAUGUCAAUAAACAUCGAACCAUUUUUAUAAUAAAAAUGAAUGAUCAAAAAUAAUGAAUUUAUAAUGAUAUUGUAUUUAAAUGAAACUUGUGAUAAAAAUAUAUCUGUAUACG